AUGUACCACUGGGUGGACGGGACAUCUGUUGAUACCUACCUGCGCUGGGCAAUCUCCAAGGUACACAGUGGUGAAUGUGUUCAACUGCAGCUACACAGGGAAGGCACUGGGCGUGGGGUAUCCUGCCACACCAAGCUGCACUUCAUCUGUGAAAAACCCCGUGAUGCCCAGCUGCAGGAUGUCAAUUACUUUCUGACUGGAACACCAACCUUCAGGAAGGUCGACCUGGUGAAGAACAUCACGGUGAUGACUGAGGCCCCUCUCCGAGGAGCAGCAACAGUUGAGAUGAUGCUGUUUCCCGGCAUGUGGUUCAGCCAUUCAGGUCUGGUGAACUCGAUUGAAUUUGUAAUCCAGCCUUUGAAGAAAGCCACUCGGGUACAUUUCAAGAUAUUCCGACCCUAUUGCAUCCCGAGUCUGUACCUCAUCCCUCCAGGCUGCGAAUGGCUCCGUACUCCCUUUGCCACCUGUGACACACAGCCGCUGUGCAACACCACAGGAGGUUGCAACAAUGGGCAUCAAUGGUGCCACUUACAGGAAAGGUGUCUGCCCAUCACCAGCCCCUGCAGUUCGUAUGCAUUUGAAAACAUCACAACCAACAUCCUGCCAAUCGCUAACCCUCCCAGAUACAAAGGGACACAGCCAUAUUACUCCCAGGUGGCAGAUAUAGCAAUGAUCAUCAGCCCUGACCUCAACAUUGUACAUGUAAAUGUGAUGCUGGGUGACCAGGAAGUUCGUGUUUAUCCAGACGAUGUGAUUGGUUUUCAGCACGAUGCAGGUCCAAACUCUUUGCUGCAUUGCUUGCCCAGCUCAAUAUCACCAUGGCGACAGAGCUACAUCAGCCUGGUGCGGCAGGGCUGGCUGGAAAGUUUAUUGGUUGGUUUCCAACCUACCUGGCCCAGUCCCAGAUGGUUUGAUAAUGUUGUCUGUGAUGUGCGUAUCCUGUAUACAGACCAGCCGCAGCCAAUUGCUCCCACCCAAUCCCUAACCACUGUGCCAGAUACGUUCCUGGUAACCCCAGUUAACAGAGUAAGCCCCACAGGGAUCAAAUGCUGCCCAUUGGGCACACGGACAACAAUCACUGGCUUACAAAUCAUCUAUCCCUGGCCACAUAAUGGCACUCUCCUGGUCCCAACUGGCAAUGAGAUACUCAUUGUGAUCAAGAUUAACUCUGGCAGCAAUGCCAGCUCCUGGUGGGGUCCUCCAGUUCGACAAUCAGGAGUCUUCUUUAAUGGCCAUUGUCCAUCCAGUCUGCCUCAGUACAUGCCAGCCUGCCACAGAGAGACCAGCGAUACCUGGUUCUCAUAUGCCCACUUUACUGUCACUCAUCCCAGGGUAGAGACUCUGAAUAUCACCGUGAGCAAUGAGGUCAGCUCCCAGAACAUGUCUGUCGAAAUCCAGGCGUUCGAUGUCAUUCAGGGACUUCAGAUCAUGCCCAGGAAACCCAGACGCGUGCUGGUGGAUGUCUCACAGAUAUUUUCAGCACAGGUUACUCAUGGCACCUCUGUCAGUUUCACCUGGGUGAUUGACAACCUUGCGCUGUUUGCCUACAGUGGACAAAUCUACAAGAUGAUCUUCAAACGACCAGCAACCUACAGGCUCAAGUUAAUGGCAGUGAAUCCUGUGAGCAAGCAGAGCAUAGAAACUGAGUUAGUAGCUGACACCAUGCACCCUCUAACAGAUCCACAGUUUAUUCAUCUGUCCAGCAUACUUCUUGUUGACACACCUCAUAAAUUCACCUUCAGGAUCAUGGUGGAUAGCUUAGCAGAGGUCAUAUUCCGGUGGAACUUUGGAGAUGCGAGUACCACAAUAAUGCAUUCCAAGUGUCCUCCACACAACGCUGACCCGUCUGAGUCAGACCCAAGGACCAUGACCAUCAUAGUGCAAGAUCAAAUGACCUGGGUAUACUCUCAGCCUGGUAACUACAUUUUGGAAGUGGAGUGUAUUGCUCAGUGGAGUCGCAUUAGGCAGAGUCAUUCUGUGUAUGUCCGCUACCCCUUGACAGAACUGAGCUGUGCACAGAUGCCAGAGCACCCUCAUACUGAUGGAGUCGUUGUGUUUGAAGCCUACCCUCAGCCGAACUCUUACGGGAUAUUCUACACUUGGAACUUUGGUGAUGGAGCUCCUGUUGUUGUGGUGACAAGCUCCACCGUGCAGCAUAGGUUUAAAAUGGGAGGAAUUUACAAUGUCACACUCCAGGUCAAUAAUACAGUCAGUGCAAUGAGUUCCUAUCUCAUGGUUACAGUGGAGGAAAAGAUUACAUGCCUCAAGGUGACAACCAGUGAGCGCAGUGAGCUGGGUUCGACAAUAUCGGUUCAUGCAGAAGCAAGAAGUGGCACAAACAUUCUGUGGGCCUUCAGUAUGGGGGAUGGACACACCUUUGGAAAUCUAACAAUUGAUACCAUUUCUUACAAGUACCCAGUGGAAGGGAGUUAUACCAUCACGGUAACUGGAAGGAACAUGGUCAGCUCUGCCAAUCAGUCGGUUGUUGUGGAGGUGCAUGCACUGAAGGUGCUGGCUGUCAAACCAACAGGAUGCUUGGUCUCGGGAAGUAAUACCUCCUUCCUGGUUCAGGUAUCCAGCACAGGGAAUGAGACUCGGUACCGCUGGAGUUUCGGAGAUGGAAGCCCAGCUCUGGUGGUCCGAGGCAGUUCCGGGGCCUAUCACACCUAUACCAUGACUGGGAACUACACAAUCACCAUCACCGUCACCAGCCCCUUUAACACCACAUCCUACCAGGCUGCCAUCUAUGUACAGGCACCCAUCCACUCUGUCCAGCUCUUGGUCAGGAACCCAUACGUACGGUUAAAAGACCCAGUUCAGUUUGUGGCCAAGGUGGACCCGGAGGAGAGGGAGCAGCAUCCUUACCAAUACCACUGGAAUUUUGGGGUGCCAGGGCCUCCUAUUUCUGGCUGUAGGGAGCAGACCGUUGUCUAUGAUAAGGUUGGUAUCUAUUUGGCUGCGGUCACUGUGAGUAACCAUGUUGACCAUCAAAGUAGUUCCUGCUCAGUGACUGUUCAGGAAAGUGUUGGGGACUUCACAAUUCAUCAUGAGGGUCUGGCCCAGGAGGCUCUCUCCCUGAACAAGACAUAUGUAUUUCAUCUCAAUGGUGCCUCAGGCACCAAUGCCACCUUCCACUGGGACUUUGGUGAUGGUACUACUAGGACACAGGGCCAGCAGAUAUCUCACAUUUAUCGGACAUGUGGACGGUUCACCGUGACUGUGGUGGGGGUAAAUCUGGUCAGUCACCUGGAGAGGUUCCUGAAUAUUCAUGUCAUCACACCCAUCAGCCAGCUGAAUGUCAGUGCUGACCAGCUGGCGGUGGAAACCGGGAAGAGUGUCAUCUUCACUGCUUCCCUGUCUGCAGGGGAACAAGUUGUCUUCUUUUGGGCAGUAUGUGGAGACUGUGUCCUACACCAUGGAUCAUCUAGUUUCAAACACAGCUUCCUGGAGCCUGGCACUUACAGAGUGGUGGUGACAGCAAGAAAUGAGGUGAGUGAAGAAACAAAAAUGGUCACUGUUCAGGCUGAAGAAAGGAUCCAAGAUGUGACGAUAAACACUGGAGAUCUGAUUCACGGAAACUACUUUGCUGCCAAGGAGAUUUGUAUACUGCGUGCACACGUGGCAUUGGGCUCAAAUGUGUCCUAUGAAUGGACCAUUAGGCAAGGCCAAGUUGUGGUUGCUGUAGGUCAAGGGUCAGUCAUGAUGUUUCAACCAGAGGUAGCUGGGGAUUACUGGUUAGUGGUAUUGGCCAAAAAUGCUAUUGGAGAAGUCAGCCAAAGUGAACAGAUCUCCGUAUUGGAGCGUAUCAGUGGGGUGAAGGUUACUUCAACACCAUGCAAUGUAGCCACAGGGCAACCAGUUCAACUAAGCAUCACAGUCACCUCUGGGACUGAUUUACUGUAUGAAUGGUUCAUUGAAGGAGCUGAAAAUCAUCUCAAGACCAGCAUCUCCUCACUUUCCUAUGUUUACUCAACAGCAGGAACCACUGUGGUAAACGUGACUGUCCACAACAAGCUAGGGAAUGCUCAGAGCUCCCUUGUUUUAACAAUCCAAGAGCCUGUCUAUGAAGUGAGCUACAAUGUGCUAAGUGCGGCACCCCCUUUUUACUUGCAGACUAAUGCUAUCACUCACCUGAAGGGCUUUGCAGGCAGAGGUACUGCUAUCUUUUGGGAAUGGUGCCUGCUGAGCCCAGUGGGCACCCAGUCUUGGCAUGGCCGUGAGAUCAAUCAUACAUUCAGCACAGCAGGAGUGUACCAACUCACCCUCAACGCUUCCAAUGGAGUUAGCUGGCAGUCAGUACACCAUAAUCUCACCGUGCAAGACAGUGUCACCGGGCUUGUCAUCGAGAUGGACAAGACAAUUGUUAGGGUUGGUGAACCAGUGACAUUUACCCUUCAUGUCCAGCAGGGCAGCAUGGUGCGCUACUUCCUGAAUUUCACCACUUUGCGCACACAGUUCUCACUACAUGAGGACACUUACAAGGUGGCAUUCCCUUCGGUAGGACAGCAGAAUGUUACCGCGACAGCAUGCAAUGAAGUCAGCAGUGAGACCCGGUCUGCCUCCCUGGAGGUACUGGAAGAGGUCACUGGGCUUUACUUGGUUAAUUGUUGUCAGUCUGCUGUGGAGGCCAACCAGGAGAUGAUGCUCACCGCGAGGGUACACACAGGGACAGGUGUGAAGUACAGGUGGCACCUCCACCUGCCAGGCUUACCUGAUCAGCAUGGCUCAGGGUCAAGCAUUAUCUACACCCCACAGAGCACAGGCAAGCUAACUGUCCAUGUGGAGGCUAUUGGACAGUUUGGUGCCCUUUCACUCACUGAGUGCACUCAAGUUCAACUCCCCGUGUCAGUGGUAGACAAGCUCUGGAGUGACAAUGUUGAUCCAUUUGUGGAACAGGCUGUGACAUUUCAGGUGGUGCUAGUGGGGGGCACGGAUGUUGGAUACCUCUGGAACUUUGGCGACUCACCUGAGACAUAUACCAGCCAGAAUGGCACUAUUCAGCAUAGGUAUAAGACUGCUGGUUUGUACACUGUAGAGGCCAAAGCCUUCAAUGACAUUAGCUCUGCAGUUGUUCACCUGGCGAUCAUUGUGCGGCAGCCUGCUUGCUGGGCUCCUGAAGUCAGAUUGGUCAAACCACCACCUACCAUCAUCCGGGCACGAGCAAGCUACUUUGAGGCUAAAGUGGACUUGAGGGGCUGCACAGUGUACCAGGCUCACUACCACUGGGAGCUGUUUGAGGGCACCAGAUGCCAUGGGUCAGCCAGAGUGCACCUCAGCACAGUGGAUACUGGCAAACCCAUCCUGGCCUUGCCAAAAUUGGCACUGCCUCUAGGUGCACAUUGCUUGCAGUUCACAGUGGACCUUGUUAGCACACCAUUGAGUCAGAAAGUGGCAGCAGUGAUCCAUGUGGUACAGAGUAAGCUGCUGGCCAUUAUCAAUGGAGGAUCAGAGAGAACAUGGGCCAGUCACCAGGAUCUGGUACUAGAUGGAUCCAAAUCCUAUGAUCCGGAUGUUGAGAAGGAGGAGGAGGCUUUUCUGUCUUAUCGCUGGGCUUGUGAAGCUGAGGUUCUGGUGCAAGCGGCAAACAUUCCUUGCAUAAUGUUGGAAUGUAUCUCCUGCCAAGUCCUCUGGAGCUAUAGAGUGAGCAGGAGCACGCAUGUCACAUUGGCCGGAAGAUGUCAGAAUUGCAGCAACAAGUCCACCUAUAAGUGGACAGUUCAAAGUUCAGAUGCCUCUCCUUUGAUCUUGGACAAUAAAACCACCUCGACAGGGGACUCCAAUCCUAACCUGGUUGUUCGACAGGAUGUCCUCCAAGAUGGGGUAAACUACACCUUCACCUUGAGCAUUACUGACUCAGAAAAGCAAAACACAGGGUUCUCCAGCAUCACCCUGACUCCUAACUACCCACCAAGUAGAGGCGAGUGCACCAUCUACCCAGAUCAAACCCUCUACCUUCUGGAGACUCUGCUAAGCUUUAACUGCACAGGUUGGUGGGAUGAGGAUGAUGGCCAGGAUCAGCUGGUUUACUCACUGAUGGUGAUGACCUGCCCUCAUGACUUCUCUAGUUGUGAUAGGUUUCAGCUGUACCGGGGCAUCAAGUCUUCCUCCCGUGUGUUGCUGCCUGCAGCUUCCAGUGGCAGAGCCUCUACUGUCCAUGUCUUGGUUCAGGUGGAGGAUCUACUUGGAGCCAGAACCGUAGCUGUCAACAGAACUCUGACAGUGUGGAUGCCAGAUUUCUUCCCAGGAUCAUACAGUGUCAUUGAUUGGUUGAGACACAAGAGCCAAUCAGAGCUGUGGGGCCUGGUUCAACAGGGUGACCCCAGUGAGGUGAUUGCAUACUCUGUCACUCUCAUCAGUGCUCUCAAUCAGUGCUCCAGGCACCGUGAGCAAGACCUGAAGGACCGAAUCACCAUCCGUAGUAAUAUAACCCGAGCACUGAUCUCUCUGACGGUCACAACUCUGGAGGAUGUCAGCCAGAUCAGUGCAGCACUGGCUCAGUGUGCGACUUUUCCUGAAGAGUUUAUAAUGGGUCAGGGGCUGGAGGGAAGUCUGAGGAUGACCCGACAAAUGAUUGACAUCAUUGGAAAUCAGACAGUUCAAGGAUCAGCCACACCCAGUGAAACUGGAAGAAAUAUUUUGAGAAUCCUAGGUGCUGCAAUGGCUGCGAUUGAGGUUAGUCCAAAUAACAGAAUCCAGCGAGAAGAUGAUCUGGUCACUUCAGCAACCAUCUUCCAGUUGACUAGCAAACUCAUCCAGUCUCUCAUGCGUUCUCGGGUUUUCAAUGAGGAGCCCCUGUUGAUAUCUGUCUCUGAGAUUGAUGUACAGGGGAAGAGAGUGGACCCCUUCAACCUGCUGUGUUCCUGGCCUGGUGAGAAAUGCCUCUUCCACAUCCCCCCAGCACUAUCCAGCCAGUUGUCAGCAAACCGUGAGCUCAUCCAGCUAACAAUGAGCCUCAGGGUCAAUCCUUUCCCAGGAGGCACCAUCAGCAACUACAGUGUCUCCACCCAUCUUGGAUCUAUGGAGUUGAGCAGCCCACAAGGGCUUCCACUGUCAAUCAGUGACCUUGCUGCAGAGAGGUCCAUCCGUGUUACUCUGGCAGACCGGAGACCCCGCCAAUUGGAACAUGCAGAGACAGUGAGGACUCUCAGUCCUAGAGAAAGUGUGAAUUUCACCAUCCGGCCUGUGAACAGUAACCGUGCAGCUGGGCUCCACAUUGGCUUGCGGUUCACCCUGAUAGAUCUUGAAGGUGCCCAGGACCCAGACCCUUUUGUCCGUCUUCAUGUCAACAACCCACAGUUUAAUGGAUCCCUAGAUAAUGCAACAAGAGGAAUCAUUCUAUAUCCCACUAGGGAACGUUUAAGUGUCGAACACACCAUCUUCCUAUCUCCUGAGGUGUAUGACAGCACCACCGAGCAGUUGUUUGUCACCGUUUCCAACUGCUUCUCUUCUGCCCGAGUCGACAUCACAAUCACCACCUAUACCUCGCUGUGCCAGUACUUCGAUUUCCAGAGUUUGCAGUGGAGGACAGAAGGCAUUGUGCCCACACGGUGGACCAGGCUGGAGGAAGCUGUGUGCCUCACUCGGCAUCUCACUAUCUUCGGGGCUAGCCUCUUUGUGUCUCCAAACGCGGUGGAGUUUCUUGCACCGGCAGACAGGCCAGUGCGGAACAUGGUGGUGGCAAUCAGCUGUAUAUUAGUAUUUGCUGUCUACGUUGUGACGGUACUCAUUGCCCACAAGUUGGACUACAUCGAUAUCAACCGUGUUGGCAUUAUCCCACUCUGUGGACAACACGGGCACUAUAAGUAUGAAGUCAUGGUGAAAACUGGCUGGUGCAGGAAUGCAGGUACAACAGCUCAUGUGGGUAUCAGUCUGUAUGGCUUGAACAAGAGUGGGUCCCGCCACUUGGACAAGGAAGGAGCAUUCCAGAGAAACAGUCUGGACAUUUUUCAGAUUGAGACAGAUGCCAACUUGGGUGAGAUCUGGAAAAUCCGAAUCUGGCAUGAUAAUACAGGAUUGAGCCCCUCUUGGCACCUGGAGCAUGUGGCAGUUUGGGACAAGCAGACUGACAUUAUGUACUACUUCCUGGCCCAGGAUUGGUUGUCGGUGGAGAAUGAGAAGAAUGAGGGGAUGGUAGAGAAGGAUGUGUUGGCAGCAUGUCCCCAGGAGUUGCGUCGUUUCUCUCGUAUUUUUGUCUCUCAGCUGAAGCGUGGGGUGUCAGAGAAGCACAUCUGGCUCUCAGUCUGGGAUCGUCUGCCUCGGAGCCACUUCACGCGGGUGCAGCGGCUCACCUGUUGCACCUUGCUGAUGUACCUGUUUCUCACUGCAGCAGCUGCAUGGUAUGGGGCUGUGGGUACCAAAAAUGAAAGCUUCCCUGUGGCAUAUCUGGCCGCUGUCACAGGUGAGACAGUGGCAGUUGGCAUUGUUCUUGCGUUUGUCGUUUUCCCGAUCCACCACCUGUUCACCUGCCUCUUCAGAAGAAUCCGGAGCCAGGUCACAGUAGAUGACCCUGAAGGCUCUAUCCUGGAGGCACAGACUGUGGGGAUGGAUAUGUGUUUGGAUCCUUCAGAGCUGGGCAGCUCCUCCUUCCUGUCCAUUCCUGGAGGCCUGGACUCUAUUGCAGAUGCCAGCUCAGAGAGUUAUGAAUCCCAUGGGAGUAAAAAGCUGGACUCAGAUUUGCAAUACACCCCGCAGCUUAUCAGCAAGAGCUUUCUGAAGAGCUGGCCAUCGUAUGACAGUUUGUUCGAUCUUCCUGACCUCUUGAACCAUGAUCCUUCCUUCAGUCAAAUCAAAGUUCUAAAACGGAAGAAAGCUUUGCGCAAACAAGGGAUCAAGUCAUGUUCAUCAUUGGAUGAAGAUCCCCUUUCCUUCUCCAUUGCAGAUUCCUAUGAUAGCUGGAGUUUGAAACAUAAUCAACUGACAACAUCAGAUGAAGAUCUUAUGAGGAGCAUUGCUGCAGAGGUGAAGCAGCAAGGUGGGUUAUCAGACCAGGUUACAUCAGACAGUGGACAUUUCUCUCCGAGGGCAGAGAUGGACCUUAUCUCUGAGACUUUAGAGAGCUCGAACAGUACUUGCUCUGAUCUGGGGGAGAAGAAGCUGCACACUGGAGCCCUGCAUCAGUCAUCCUCAUUCUUAUCAUCAAGGGGAACAGCCAACAGCUUCCUGGCCAGUUGGGAACCAGCUCCCACACCUGGCUCCACCUUUUCCACACGCAUCGGCAUCUUAAAAAGCCCAAGGAAAUGGAUGUUUCCACACUCAACCCUCUAUGUAACAUACAUCCUCUGCUUCCUGCUGAUCGCUGUGUGUGUCAGUGUGACGGUGUCCUAUGGCAUGUUAUUUCCCAACCAUGUGGUGCUAAUGUGGCUGAUCUCUGCAUUCUUCUCCUUCCUGACCUCGUUCUUUGUUCUGGAACCUAUAAAGGUUUUGUGUGAGGCCGUGAUCCUCGCACUAUUUACCAAACCAGUAGAUGCUGAUGAGGACGAUAACUUAGUUGAGGAGCCUUUGGUUAAGAAGACAUCAGAACGAAUUGGCAAAGUCCGAGCGCCAUACGGUUACAGCCUCCUGCAGGCUAAAGAGGAGGCACGGAAAGUGAGAACACUGCACACAUUGAUGAAGAAUUGUGUUGUGCACACAAUCUUCCUCCUGGUGGUGCUCAUCGUUAACUACCAAGGCUGUUACCAAAGCGCCAAUGGCCACCUUCUGCGAGCCUCCAUUCGACAGUCCAUUGUUGGAAGGACUCUGCACUCAUCCAACUUUAGUACUAUCCAGAGGCCAGCUGAUUUCUGGCAAUGGCUGAGGACUGUGUUGCUGCCUCUGCUAUACAAUAACCCCCAGCUGACAUUGCUCGGAGCUCCCCGUCUGGCACAGAGUGUGUUCGUUGAGUUCACACAGUACAGCCGGGACGUGGAUCUUUACGCUGUGGUGACCUUACGGGUUGUCUUUCAGUCUGCGGUGCCUGUCAAACCAACUGUUGAUAUUAAACUCUUCUCAGUGCUGAGCUCAAGUCGUGGGAUGGACCUAUUGUUGGUGUUGAUGGUGCUGCUAUUCCUCUUCAGCCUCUGUUUUCUGGUCGUUGAGGCCAUCGCUCUGAACAGGGAGGGUUUGGCUUAUUUCAAAGAAGGCCAGAGGUACCUCCAGCUCCUCAUCAUCCUACUUUGUGUCCUCAUCCCUAGCUUCCAUUUCAGCCACAUCAGAUUAGCUGACCAGCAGCUCAGCCGCUACAAGAACAACCCCCAGCAGUUUGUCAGUUUCUACUAUGUUGCAUGUCUGGCUGAGGGAGUCACCAGCCUUGCCGCAUUUCUGCUCACCGUCCUCACCUUGAAGGUAAGUGAACAAUUUCGUUUUGUGCGGAGAUGGUGUGUAUUUGGGAAGACAUUCCAGCAUAUGAUCCGAGAGCUGAUGGCUGCCUUCCUUUACCUCUUCCUGCUUGUCAUGGUCUAUGCACAGUGUGGCUAUGUGAUGUUCUCUCCUGCUCUGGAACACUUUGUGACAUUCAGCAGCUCGCUGCUGGCUUUGGUUGCCUUCCCCCGUGGAACCCUGUCCUUGCGACAUGCAGUCCAACAUUACCCCAUAAUCGCACCCCUCUACUUCAUUAGCUACCUGCUGUGGCUGAUGUGGAUAGCGAGAAACCUCUUCAGUGCCAUUAUCAACCAGAGUUACAGAGAGCUCAAAGCAGAAAUGUACCGCCCAGCUAUUGAACCACAAGACUACGAGAUGAUUGAAUUCUUCAUUAAGAGAUUCAAACUCUGGAUAGGACUCACCAAAACAAAGGAGUUCCGACACAAGGUGAAAUUUGAAGGGAUGGAAUCCUUGCCAACAGGCACUUCCCAAACCUUGAGAUUAUCCCAACUUGCAUCAGAAAAUACUGAGUCUCCCUUCUCAGACUGCACCAUCUUGUCAGGCUCUGUGCAAUCGGAGGAGCUGACUCUUCCACAGAGUCCAACCUCUGAGACCUACAACAUCGAGGCCUAUCUCGAUCGGUUGCUGCCGACUGUCAACAGCCUCCUUGGUCAGUUUGACCGUGUCAAUAAAGUCACUGAUGACUUGUACCAGAUCGAGAGUGACUUGGAGAAAGUGCAGCACAGAAUCAAAUGGAGGAGACAGAUUCUGGGCAGGGAUGAAAAGAGCAAAACAGAGAGACAAAGCCUCCCUGUGCCAACCACACAGCCCAGAGCAUGCAGUGCUGUUUCUGAUUCAGCAGUUUCCGGCCUCCGACCAAGCACAGGCCCAGCUUGUGAAUAUUGUGCAGGCAUUGCCCAGUCAGCUCACAGCGCUCUACCGGUUGGUUCCAGGUCGAGUGAUGCCCCGGGGCGAAGAGCCUGGCAGUUGGGACCAUCACUGUCAGCAGUCAUCAGUCAGAGAGCGAUAUGGAGCUCAGAACCUGCAGCUAAACCAAGGCCCAAAAGUGAAGAAGGGCAGGAUCGAGUGAUGAGUCAGCAGCAGGCCCCAGUAAAGAGGAGAGCAUGGCAGAGUGAAAGCAUGGAGGGGAAACCAUGA